AUGAUCCCAUUACGAAAAGGAACAUGGACGAAUAAUGAACAAAUCCGGUUCGAUGGGCUAAUUGUUAAGUAUGGACGUGACUGGGCAAAAAUUGCAAGAGAACUUGGAAGGUCGGCUCCCGAUUGUAGGAAUCGUUACAAGUCACUUAAUGGACUGAAUAAUUUUCAUAGGUGUGGACUAAGCAUUCGUACUCAACAACCAUCAAAUUGA